GUGUAUGUACACACCUACAGGUAACCACCAGUAACCACCUGUGCGGCACAUCGAGUUCAAACAAACACCGCGACACUGACCGACUGACGAGGGACUGCAUCACUCGAUCAGCUGAGCACACAACACAGGAAGUUGAAAUCCAUAAGCAACAAGAAGAAGAACACACAACACCCCGCACCCGAAAUGUGCAAUCGGUGCAUCUCAGCGAAAUCGCUUAAAGCGAUAUUCCACUGAAAUUGAAAAGUGUUUUAUCGAUUUCGUGCAAGUUCGGCCGAUCUGCCAGCAUCGCCUUAAAUAUGUACUACAUGGAUAUGUUAGAUUUUUUUCCUAUCAAUGAUAGAGUAUAUGACGAAAGAAUACCUAUGGGCGAGGGAAAUCAUGUUAACUUCGUCCAACAAUUUGUGGAAGACGUUUCUUUCUUUAGUUCUCAGUAUGGUGACAGUGGCAUAUUUUCACGUCUCGCUAGGAACAUAAUUGGAUUACCUGACGGAUUAUCUUAUACAGGUUUUGAUGAUUCAUUUGCCAUGAAAACUUAUGGACCAUGGUGGGACAAAGCACCCUCGAGAUUAAUUGAUUACAUGCCACAGAAUAAUACAGAUGUUGUGAGCCAAGAUUAUAUCGAUAUCACCUAUAGAGAAGCUAUAUUUCCAAUCCGAGUUUCUAUAUACGAGUUACGUAAUCCUGGGAGCGUAAUUAGAAUUUGGGCAUAUGAUUCGAUCAAUAAAUGGUUUCUCCUGUGGAGCGGACCACCUCAGGUUGUUUCGAUACCAUCGAUACCACGGAUAUUUUCCCCGCCUUUACAACCGUGUAACUUUAGUACCAAUAUGCUCAGACUAGAGUUUAACCACAGUUUAUUGAACCAUUACACAGAGCUAGACGCUGUGUUGCUUAUCGGUACAAAACAAUUGAUUAUUCCUAAAGAUCAGUCUCACAAACAGAAUUUAACUAGUCUGUUGAAGAGCUUUAAUGACAAGUAUCCUUGCCACGAAAACAUCCAUAAUUUGACACCAGUUUAUAAAAACGCACACUCGGAUAUAGUCCAUCUUAAAAGGACAUUGAACGAACAUUGCAUUAUGUUUGAAAGGUAUUACAAUUUGUCAAUAUUAAAAUUGGGUCUAUGUAAUUGUUACUUGAUAAACGAUGAGGGAUUCUCAUAUCUCGAAAAUUUGGAGUUUCUCGAGCGUUUAGAUCUGAGCAGAACAUGUAUAAAAACUCGAACUCUUUGCAAGAUACUGCAAAAAAAUCCACGAAUGCGUCACUUACACAUAAGAUACACUUGCGAGGUGGACGUAAACGAAGUUGCAGUGGAAUUGAAAAACUCGUGUCCAGAUUUGGAAAGUAUAGAUUCAUGUACGAACACUUUUACGUCGCGAGGUAUUGAUGCCCUCGCUGACUGUAAGAAUCUACGAGAAGUGGAUUUUGGUUGGUGUGGCGAUAAAAUGGGCUAUGGCGACAACUUCCGUAGGUUGCUUUCCUCCUGUCAAUAUUUGGAAAAAAUUUUUCUGACCUACUUUAAAGGCCUUAACGAACAUGAUUUGGAAACAUUAACGCUGUGUAAAAAUUUAAAACAAUUAGACUUGUCAGGUACGCCGUCCCUACCCGAGACGUGUCACUUAUUUUUCGUGCGCUGUCCCAACCUGGAAUUGAUUGAUCUCAGCUUCUGUAAAAACAUUGCCGAUUGCACGAUUAAGCAGUGGCAACAAAAGUAUACACAUGUAGCCAUCAAAAGGGACGAAAACACCAACGACUACGAGUCGUACUCUGAUGAAUUUUCAGAUUAAAAAACGAUAUGUAUGAUUGUGAGAAAUUUAUUUUUCAAAAUACGAUAAAGUGUAUGUGCUUGCUAAAAGAACAAAGUAGAUUUGUUUUAUACA